AUGUAAUAAAAUCCACUCGAAUUAAAAAUCAAUACUUUCAAUCUUACAUCAAGUCCAGAAAAAUUCAUUUGUAUAAGCACAUAAUGUUAAGAGAAGAGAGAUUAAUCAUUUGGUUGUUAUGAAUAGAUUAUGGUUGUUAUGAAUAGAUUAAUUAAAAAACAUAAUUAAAUAGAUUAACUCCAUUUUGAUAAAAUUAUAGAAAUUAAAACAUUUUUAUCUCAAAUCUAAUAGAAAUAAUAAAAGAAAAUUGAAUUAUUAGAAAUAGUAAUUUAAAUAAGGAGUAUCCUCAUUUAUUUUAUUCAAUUUCUUAUGAUUUAGACUCUGAAUCAGAUUUAAAAUAAAUAAUUGAAACAAUUUAAGAUUAAAAAUCAGUAUCAAAAAAUUAAACAAAUUAAUAAUGGCUUAUUAGUGAAAUACUUGAAAAUCGUAGUGUUUAGGAAUUUCAAAACUUUACUUUAUUAUAUGAAAAUUCAUUUAGUAAACCUUUUACUAAUUAUUCAUAUGAAUAAAUUUUACUUAAAGUUUUUUAAGAUAAGAAAGAUUAGAUUGUUUGUAUUGGAGCUAAAUUAAAUUUAAAUUUGAAAUUGAUUGGAUGUGAUUUAGCAAGCGAAGUAUUUUCAUUAACAUAGAAUGCUUAUAGUGCUCGUAAAAACAAGAAUGGUGAAAUCUAUUGGUAUUGGUUUUCAUCAAAAUCUUUUGGAUUUUCUCCUAAUAGAAACAUAGCUCUCAACAAUAUUGAUGAAGAGGAUCCUUUUUGUGAACUAAGAUUUUCAUAUUGUACAACAAAAAAUUUAGAGGAUAGAAGAAUUGGCUCAUUGAAAGCUUAUAAAAAUACUAAAGAAUAUAAUUUGGUUAUAUAUAUGUUGAAGGAAAAUAAUUGA